UUCCGCAUUAACAUCAGCCAGUCCAAACCAAUUUGGACUCAAAGACACAAACCCAUCCUCCUCCUGCCCUUUGCUAGCAAGUCCAUACUACACAAGAUUCACUAGUAUAGACCACUCCUUAACACGCCUAAUGUGGCCACACCUACACCUUAGGGACAGUGACCCUUUCUCUUUUUUUUUUUCUGUCGGAGGAUUCUGAAGGGCGAGGGUGGGGCCUUCUCCUUUAAUCCCAGCCCCACCUGCUCUGGUCAGACAGGUUUGGAGCUGCAGGUAAAGGGAGGGAGACACGAAGAAAUACCUGCAGAGCGAGCCAGUGGGGAGCUGGAGCAGCUCUUUUCCCGGAUGGGGCCCGGGAUCUUCCUUCUGUCUCUCUAGAUGGAAAGGUGACGGCAAUCCAGUAUUAUAUCCAGAACCCAGGCAUCUGGGCCCUUCCUUGCCCCAGCAUGACAGAACCUGAGACACUAACUCUGCUGGAGGUAAAGGGGCAAGAUGCCCUUGAGAAGAAUUUGCCCCAGCCCCUCAUCCCUAAUGGACUCAGACUAGAAGGGGAAGAUGGGGAAGAGCUUAUCUCUUGUGAGAAUGAAACUGGGAAAGUUGGCAGUGAAGCUACUACUUUGCCCUGGGUAAGGACAUCAUUAGGUACUGGCCCCCAGCCCAGUGCCCCCUUUCCAGACUCCCCUGGUUGGCAGGGAUGUAAAAAAGAACCCAUUCUAGCUGAGCUGCCCCUAAAAUCAGAGGAGCCAGUUGAGGAAGACAUUAACCUGAUGCCUGAACAGGCAGCCCGAGCAUUUGUGCCAAUUGACCCACAGUGCAUUGAGAGGAAGCCCCAAGAAGAGCUCAUUGUCCACUGUGACAAAAAGGUUGAGGGUGAAUGCCAGGCCUUUCUGUUGCCUCGGGCUGCCCGAUCAGAGCCCCCUGAAAGGAAGUGGGCAGAGGCAGCAGCUGCGCCCCCUGCCCGCUGCGGGAAUUGUGGAGCCUGUGGCCGUGAGGGGUUGAGGGCUGUGGCCUCUUUUGGGGCUGCUCUCAUCGUCUUCCCCUGCCUGUUAUAUGGAGCUUAUGCCUUCCUGCCUUUUGAUGCCCCCCGACUGCCCACCAUGAGUUCUCGACUUGUCUACACGCUCCGCUGUGGGGUCUUUGCCACCUUUCCCAUAAUUCUAGGGCUUCUGGUCUAUGGUCUCUCCCUGCUGUGCUUCUCUGCACUACGUCCCUUCGGGGAACAACAGAGAGAAGUCGAAAUCCACAGGCGAUACGUGGCCCAAUCUGUUCAGCUCUUCAUCCUUUAUUUCUUCAACCUGGCUGUACUUGCCACCUACCUGCCCCAGGAUACCCUCAAGCUGCUACCCUUGCUCACUGGCCUCUUCGCCAUCUCCCGGCUGGUGUACUGGUUGACUUUUGCACUGGGCAGGUCCUUCCGAGGCUUUGGCUAUGGGCUGACCUUCCUGCCACUGGUCUCAAUGCUGGUGUGGAAUCUUUACUACAUGUUCCUGGUGGAGCCUGAGCGUAUGUUCACUGCCUCAGACAGCCGGCUUGACUACCCAGACCAUGCUCGAGCUGCUGACUACAAGCCACACCUCUGGGGGUGAUACCUGCUUUGCCUGUUCUUGAGGUUCUCCCAUUUCCCCCCAAACCCCAGGGAUCGGAGAUGAUCUAGAACUUUUCACUGAAUGGAUUUUGGAUUACUUUGACCUUUGGACUAGUUGCUUUUGAAC